UCCAACAAGCAGCAUCUCAACAAAGCCUCUGAUUUCCAAACAGAGAGAGAUGAAGAGCAAAAACCCAGUGAAGAUGCUGGCGACGUUGGCUCUGGUUCUGCUGGUAUUCAGUGUGACUGAGGGACGGAUUAUGAAUAAAUGUGAGCUGAAGGAGAAGCUGGAUGCCGCUCAGUUGCAGCAGAUCACCGUCAUGGAAGAGACAAUAACUGUGAACAGUCUCAUCGCCAGACUUGUCUGCAAGGCCAGCAUCUCAGCCUUCAACACCAGCUUUGUCAAAAACAUCAUGGCCCACAAUGAGGAGAUGAAGCCAGCACAGGCCCCAACUCAAGUUGCAUCCCAAAUUCCACCUCAAACUCCAUCAUCUGGAGCUCUACCUCAGGCUUCACCACGCAGAGGUCCACCUCAGGCUCCAUCAUCUCGACUUCCACCUCAGGCUCCUGCUGGAUCUCCACCUAAAGUUCCAUCAUCUGGAUCUCCACCCAAGGUUCCAUCAUCUGGAUCUCCACCCAAGGUUCCAUCAUCUGGAUCUCCACCUAAAGUUCCACCAUCUGGAUCUCCACCCAAGGUUCCAUCAUCUGGAUCUCCACCUAAAGUUCCACCAUCUGGAGCUCCACCAAAGGUUCCAUCAUCUGGAUCUCCACCCAAGGUUCCAUCAUCUGGAUCUCCACCUAAAGUUCCACCAUCUGGAGCUCCACCAAAGGUUCCAUCAUCUGGAUCUCCACCCAAGGUUCCAUCAUCUGGAUCUCCACCCAAAAUUCCAUCAUCUGGAUCUCCACCUAAAGUUCCACCAUCUGGAUCUCCUCCCAAGGUUCCAUCAUCUGGAUCUCCACCUAAAGUUCCACCAUCUGGAGCUCCACCAAAGGUUCCAUCAUCUGGAUCUCCACCUAAAGUUCCACCAUCUGGAUCUCCACCAAAGGUUCCAUCAUCUGGAUCUCCUCCCAGGGUUCCAUCAUCUGGAUCUCCACCCAAGGUUCCAUCAUCUCGAAUUCCACCUCAGGCUCCAGCAGGAGCUCCACCUAAGCCCUACGCACAGGCUCCCACUAAAGGACCCCAGGGCUCUGGCCACGAAACGCAGCAUCCACAUCCGACCCCAGCCGCUAAAGUUGUUGGGCACCUGUACGGUGUGUUUCAGCUCAGUGAUCAGCUGGCUUGUGAUUCCGGCAUGAUCCCAUCGCUCAACGCCUGCAACAUCACCUGCUCUGCUUUGACUGACGAUGACAUCACCGAUGACAUCGCCUGCCUGAAGACCCUGGCGAACUUCAUGAAAGCGAAACCAAAAGAGAUCCUAUUUGAUGUUAAGAAGAUUGUGGAGACGAUGUUGGUGAAGGAGUGUCACUCUGUCGUUCCUCCGAACUACUUUGCUGACUGUGUUUAAAAAAGACAGCGCAGACGGCGCAGACUCACUCAUCUUCCUCCUGCUGCAUUACUUACACACACACACACACACACACAUCAGUCUGAUGCUUUCCAUGGCAACUGUCUUUGAUUGAAUGGUAAUGAGGUCAUUAUGAUGGUGGCGGGAGUUUAAAUGAGAGUCUGAAUAGAGGGAGUUUGUGUAUUAAGACACUUUAGUUUAUUACUGUAAUACUGUGAAUCUCUAAACAUAUAUCACUGUAUAAACCUAAACAUAUAUCAGUGUAUAAUCCAAUAUGAUUGUGCUGCUGCUGAGGGCUUUUAAAUACUGUCACUUUAUCAUAAAAAAAUAAAAUUA